AACCGAGACGGAACUGGAAUUGGAACGGCACGGUCCUGACUGUCUUCCGCUGCAUGUCGACUCGGGUUCAAAAAAUAUUUUUUUCACCUGGAUCUGGUCUCUGAUUUUCGUUCCCUCGUUUUGCAACUUUAGUAGUCUGAUUAUUCUGGACGUAAACACUCUGGACUAAAUUUAUUUUGACGGAUUAUCACAUAAGGCAUUCCUGGGUUGAGACUCUGCCUGCAACAUAUUCAACACCAUGGCCUCCAGCGUCCUGCGCGCCCUCUCCCGUCUCCCACUCCUCACGGCCACUCGCACGGUUCCCCCUUCUAUCCUCCCCAUCAGCAACUACUCCACCCGCCGUUUCCCCGCCCUGCACCAGGCCCCCACGCAUCCCACCCCCCCCUCCUUAUGCCCGCCGCCGCCCUGCAGCGGCAGCCGCGGCGACACAUGGCCCGCCCGACAUACACGCGCGCCUUCUUCAUGGACGUCAUUAUGCUCAAUCUGCGGCUCUUCGACAAGAUCGACCCCAACAAGUUGACACUGGAUUCGCACUUCCACAAGGAUCUGGGACUGGAUAGUCUGGACCAUGUGGAGAUCAUCAUGGCCGUGGAGGAUGAGUACAGCUUCGAGAUCCCGGAUUCCGAUGCGCAGAAACUCCUGACUCCGCGGGCCAUUGUCAAUUAUCUGUGUGAUAAGUACGAGAUUUAUGAGAACAUCCAUAAUUGGGAUAAGGACGGGCCGACGAAGCCGAAGGUGGAGGAGUGUGCUCCGGAGGAUCCCUGGGAGAAAUCCGGGAAGAAGGGAGCGGCGCAUUGAAUGCAUUUUAUUCGUUAUAUUAUUCCGCAGUUUGUCAGCUGUACAUUUGGGUCAUUAAAAUAUGAAUUACGGAUGUGUACUAUUACUAUAAUUAUGAGAAAAUUGGUAGGGAGAAUGACGAAAACACAACUGGAAUUCUCGCUGACGUAUGUAUCUGUAGUUGUAAUUUUAUUAUUUUAUUAAAUUAAUGGAAAAAAAUGGUGGCACGGUUGCUAUUUUCACAAUAUUUUGGUACAUUUUCCUUCCUGUAAAGGUUGCAGUUUUAUUUGGCACGAUGCUAAAUUUAUGAUUUAAAAAUUUAGCAGAUUGACUGAUGUGAUUGAGUAGGAAAUACGAACAGUAAAAAUGUACAAUCUGCGACAAAAAU